ACCAAAGGCAAUCUCCCACAGCGGAACAACAACAACAACAGGUUCACUCAUCGGAACAGCAACCCCCCUCAGAGGCCCAACAACAACAAGCCCCCUCAGAGGCCCAACAACAACCCCCCUCAGAGGCCCAACAACAACAAGCCCCCUCAGAGGCCCAACAACAACACCCCUCAGAGGCCCAACAACAACAAGCCCCCUCAGAGGCCCAACAACAACGCCCCUCAGAGGCCCAACAACACCACUCAGAGGCCCAACAACAACACCCCUCAGAAGCCCAACAACAACAACAACCCCCCUCAGAGGCCAAACAACAACAAGCCCCCGCAACGAUCAAAAAACGCAACCCCCAAGAAGGCCGAAACCCAACAAAAAUCUUCCGUAGCGGAUCGGCUAAAGAUCCCAAAACAGGAGCCUACAGAAAGCAUAGAGUCACGGGAGACCAAUAG